GCUCAGCUGAUGAUGUAAGUGUAGGGGGCGGUGCUUUGAGGUGACACGUCAGGUGGUUGCUGGGAGCCUCUGGGUGAAGAGGAGGAAGGAGAGUGAAUGGAAUUGUUGGGAGACCGGGCGUGCGGGAAGAAGCGGUGUAGCAAGGAGACCGGCCUGUGGGGCUGGAAAGAGAGACGAGAGCAAAGUGAAAGCUGCUGAGGAAAGUCACGUAGUGCGAGGGGUCGGGGUACCUGAGAGACCUGGGAAUUGCAAGGGGAAACGUGAGUGAAGUAGUGUAGCCUGGCACAUAGAGAACUCAACAGAUCGCAUCUUGGGACAGAGAGAACUUGGGGAAACGCAGUUCUGGGAAAGUGAACUGAGUGGGUUGAAUUUUUUGGGGGAGAGGAAUUGAAAAGAAUUCCAGUUUGGGGGUAACCGGGAAAAGUGCAUUUGUUGGGUGCAGAGAGAAGUUGUGGGUAAAGAGCAUUGGGCAGGAUGCUUUAUUGGGGGCACAAAGUGAAUUUUGCAGGUAGAACUGAGCACUAGUUUGAAGGGAGGGAGAGGAGCAUUGGCUACAGCAAAAGAGGAACCUGGUUUUGGGGGGAAAUACUGGGAAUAAUGUCGAUUCUAUUAGUAAAGGUGAAGCUUUAGAUGACAGGGUACUAAGAGAAGGGCAGCUAAUAGGGAGGCAAAGCAAAUACCCUGCCUGGUAUUUAAAUCAACCCCCCCCCAGCUCAAGUUUGGUAUUUCCGAGAUCCUUGGACACACUGUUGAAAUGACUAUCCCACACUGACAAUAGAAGAACAUUCUUCUGCCUGUAGCUUGGAGCCUGAGGCGAGUGUCCUCGGAGCUGGACAGUGCAUUUGGACCUGGGCUGCAAUGAGACUAUCUAUGUUUCUGUCUCUUUUUCGGCCCGUUGGGCCCGUGGUGGUUGGCAUCUCAUUAGGGUUCACUCUGAGCUUGCUAAGUGUAACAUGGGUGGAAGAGCCGUGCGGAGGCCUGAGGUCCGGUGGGUCUGGAGCCAUAUCCGAUGCAAUUCAUGACAGGAGUAACGUCAAUGCAGCAAGGAAGCCCAAUUCAGUCCCCGCUGGCAUGGAAAAUGCUGAGAACUUUGAACCCAGGAUAAUUCCGUACAUUCCGCCGGAUCCGCAGAAAGUUCAGAAGAAACCAGUCCGGUCUCGGUACAUAAGCACAGAACUUGGCAUCAGAGAGCGCCUCUUUGUGGGGGUCCUGACUUCCAAAACUACUCUGAAUACUUUGGCUGUUGCAGUGAACCGGACACUUGGCCACCGACUAGAAAAAUUGGUGUACUUCACUGGCAUGCGUGGGCGUAAACUGCCCCAUGGGAUGUCAGUGGUGACCCAUGGAGAUGAUCGACCCAUUUGGAACAUGUAUCAGACCAUGAAACACCUGCUGGAUCAUUAUAUCCAGGAGUUUGACUGGUUUUAUCUGGUGCAGGACGACACGUACACAGAGGCUCACCGUAUCUCUCGCUUGGCUUCUCACCUCAGCAUAGACGCAGACCUGUACCUAGGGCGGCCAGAGGAGUUCAUUGGGGGUGACACUGAGGGGAGGUAUUGCUACGGAGGAUUUGGUUACCUGCUUUCACGUAGCCUUCUCAGAAAACUGCAACCACAUCUGGAGAACUGCCGAAACGACAUCCUGAGCGCUAGGCCCGAUGAGUGGCUGGGGAGGUGCAUCAUUGAUUACACCCACAUUAACUGUGUGGAAGAGCACGAGGGUAUACAAUACCGUUACUUUGAGCUGAGUAAGAAUGCUGACCUGGAGAAAGAAAAUGACCCACGAUUUACAAAUGCUUUCACUGCUCAUCCUGUGCUGGAUCCUGUGCAGAUGUACCGGCUGCAUAAACGCUUCACACAUCUAGAGCUGGAGAGAACCUAUCACGAGAUUGAGCAGCUGCAGAGGGAGAUACAGAAUACCAGUAGCCUGUCAGUGGAGGGGGAACAUUCUGCCACAUGGCCCCUAGGAAUCAAUUCUCCCUUCCAGCCACGGACGCGGUUUGAAGUCCUACGCUGGGAUUACUUCACGGAGGACCAAACCUACUCCUGUGCUGACGGUUCUCCAAAGUGCGAGCUGAUUGGAGCUGACCUUGCAGACGUCACUGAUGUCAUAAGCACGGCAGUGGAUGAACUGAACCGCAAGUACCAGCCUGUGUUACACGUGCGUAAACAGCAGCUGCUGAAUGGCUACCGGCGCUUUGACCCUACGCGUGGAAUGGAGUACACCUUGGAUUUUCAGCUGGAGUUGGUGACUCAGAAGGGACAUAGUCGCUCUAUCACCAAGCGUGUACACCUUGUGCGUCCACUCAGCGAGGUGGAAAUUAUCCCAAUGCCAUACGUGACUGAAGCCAGUCGCAUCAACAUCAUCCUUCCUCUAACGGCACGAGAUCGGGAACAUGCAGCUCGUUUCCUCCAGGCCUUCAUAGAUAUUCAAGGCAACGAAAACUCCCUUCUGACGUUGCUUUUUAUUUAUGACCCGUUCCAAGCCCAGCAGGUCAGCCAGAAUGAUAUAUUUGGCCAAGUCAAAAGUCUCAUUGCUGAAUAUGAGCGAAAAAACCAUGACCUAAAAAUCCCAUGGAUCAGUGUAAAGACUGAUGCACCCUCCCAAAUCCGAUUAAUGGACAUCAUCUCCAAAAAGCACCCGGUAGAUACGCUAUUCUUUCUGGCUGGUGUUGGCAGCCACUUGAACACAGAGUUCCUCAAUCGCUGCCGCAUGAACACCAUCAAUAACUGGCAGGUCUUCUUCCCCAUCCACUUCCAAGGCUACAACCCUGAAGUGUCGGAGCAUGGUCAGCAGUCUCAUUCUGCAACACUGGAACUUUUGAGAGAUGCCGGGCGGUUUGACAGAGAUGUGUUUGAGGAGUCCUGCUUCUACAAUGCCGACUACAUGUCUGCCCGUUCCAAAAUGAGUGCCGAUGCUCAAGAAAAUGAAGAGAUCCUGGAGAUGUUGGACAUUUAUGAGAUGUUCAUCCGGUACUCUGGACUCCAUGUCUUUCGGGCUGUGGAACCAGCGCUGCUUCAGAAUUACCGAUCAAGGUCUUGUAACCCGCGGCUCAGCGAGGAGAUUUAUCACCGGUGCAUUCAAAGCAAUCUGGAGGGUCUGGGGUCUCGAUCUCAGCUUGCCAUGCUGCUGUUUGAGCAAGAACAGGGUAACAGCACUUGACCUAAGCUUUAGGUUUGACUGCCUCAUAUAUUGCAUCAUGGUCAUGGAGGGAUUUUAGACUGCCUGCAGGACUCUGAUGUGUUAAAAAUUAGGGGCAGACGCCCCACAUUUCCCCUCUUUUAGCACAAUCUUUGACUGAUCUUGCUUUCUAUCCAUGACACUUAGGAAACCAAAACGUUGUCGGACGCGAGGGGAUAUUCCCUUCAGCAAUGACUGUCAGAAGCUCCACAUUCCAUUGGUUGUGUGUGUACGUACGUAUGUAUGUGUGCUUGUUAUGAGUGAUACCCCAUUGCCCCCAGACUUACAAGAACAGACUCCACUCCGAUACUAACAUGACGGACACUGAUUUGAGGAGAGACUGGGUUUUGUGUGCCCUCUUCUUCACAAUUCACGGAUCUGUGAUCCUGGGAAAGCAGCAGGCUUGGCGCUUGACCUGGAACAGCCACAAUGUCUCAUUUUUUUAUUGUUCAGUAGAUGUUUUAAUUGACUUUAUGAAGUAGAUUCUAUUUAGUCUCUUCUGUAGCAUUGUCUGUUUUACCUCUGAUAUCUCUGUUGUGUGGGGCUGAUGAUCUCUGUCUGUGUUAUGUAUAUUAAAGUGGUACUCGCCCAACUCUAUGGCAUCUCUUCCCGUUGCAGCUGCUGCGGAGUUGUGACAUUUUUAAAGUCAAUAACAGGUUAUAGGGGUGGGACACCUGAUAAAUGAAGUUUAAGAAUAUAUUUAUUUAAUUCCUCAUGCUACAACCAUUGUAGGUUAUAUUGUGCAGCCAGUUGGUACCAUUAACUUAAUGACUCCAUGACAAAGUGAGUGAGCCACUUUACGGAUACAACCAAACCAUAUAUCUAAUUAGGGGUUAUAUUUCAACCAUGGGGUAUUCAUUUUGCAGGUAUAUAGUAUGUAUGUAUGUAUGUAUGGGAGCUGCCAUAUUGUGCUCCCCAGAAAAUGACUCUUUUGACAUAACUAAUAUGGCAGCUCCUACAUGCAGAUAUACAGAGAAAGCUUCUGUACGUACCAUAGCCAAUGCCUUUAGGUGCAUAGAAUAUAUCCCUUACUUGAAAAUGUUUAUGCUGUAUUUUCCAUUUAAAGAUCAUUUAACCCCUAGACUAAUACUUGUUUAAUUUGAUUGCAAAAAUGCAGAACUGUUGUGUACAAGUUCCCAUAUACAGCAGGUUAAUUUACACCAUCCCUGAUUCCCAUUGAAUUAACCUUCCACCACACAUGCAAAUCAUGCAAAUAGGGGCACUAUUUUGGAGCUUCACCUGAAACUUCAGGAAGAAAGGGAGUCAGCCCAAUGGAACCCAGGAAGUGGGCUUGGGAAAUCAGGAGACUCGUUCUGCAUACAGGGCUGCUGUAGCUGGCAGUUGGUACAGCACCUCCGUUCAUUAAUGCCAACAACAUAACAUGAAGUUUAUUUGGGUUCCUAUUUUAUCGUACAGACCCCACUGUUCAACACUACCAUAUGUAUAUAUGUGCGUCCAUUGUCAUGUGUGCGUGUGCGCCAUACGGCUAAACCAUUGUUUUGUCAGAACGUGAUUUCUUUUUUUUUUCGGACACUUUCUAUUUGUUAUUUUUUUUUUAAUCUCACCACUGCAUAGCGUCUGGCAGUAAAGAGGAUAAUCAGAAAAUAUUUUAGAAUAAGCAUUGGGGGGGGAGUACAUGUGAGAAUCGCAAUUCCAUGAUUGGGGUGAAGAUGAAGUAAUCAGAGGAGACUCUUUUUGUAUGGUAAAUUUGAGACCCCGCAGGCGCCUCUCAGAAGCAAAUUGUUUUUAUAUUAUAAAUAUAUUUAAUGUUUUCCUUUUAUUUGUUUUUUUUUGUCAUCGAUUUAAAUAUUCUACUUUAAUAAAAAUGCAGGAAAGUCA